AUGGGUUGUGUUCAUGGCAAGUGUUGUAGCAGGUACCCAUCAUCAACCGAUAGUAAUUUAGGGGACUACGGUGGAAUGGGUUCGUGUAGGAAUGCCACCAGCAAGCAUAUACUUUCACAAAGAUCACUAGAGAUUGUUCCUGUCCCUUCACAUAACUAUGAAUUGCAGUACUCUGUCUUAACACAGAGAGGUUACUAUCCUGACUCGCCAGAUAAGGAAAACCAGGAUAGUUUCUGCAUUAGAACACAAAUUCAAGGUAACCCAAAUGUACAUUUCUUUGGUGUGUUUGAUGGGCAUGGUCAUUUUGGCACGGAGUGUUCCAGGUUUGUUAAGGAUAGAUUAGUUGAAAUAUUAGCCAAUGAUCCCACGUUGUUGGAUGACCCUAUUAAAGCUUAUAAUUCAGCAUUCUUAACGACAAACCAUGAAUUACAUAGUAGUGAGAUUGAUGAUUCACUGAGUGGUACAACAGCAAUAACUGUUCUUGUUAUUGGAGAUACAAUUUAUGUUGCUAAUGUGGGUGAUUCGAGAGCAGUGAUUGCUGUUAAGAAUGGGAACAGGACUGUAGCAGAGGAUUUGUCUAGUGAUCAAACGCCUUUUAGGAAAGAUGAGUAUGAAAGAGUUAAGCUUUGUGGGGCUAGGGUUCUGAGUGUUGAUCAAGUGGAUGGGCUUAAGGAUCCGGAUAUACAGGCGUGGGGUGAUGAGGAAAGUCAAGGGGGUGAUCCUCCAAGAUUGUGGAUGCAAAAUGGGAUGUAUCCAGGAACAGCAUUUACGAGGAGCGUAGGGGAUGGUACAGCUGAGAAAAUCGGUGUUAUUUCUGUUCCAGAGGUGUCUCUGGUUCGCCUAACUCCUAAUCAUUUGUUUUUUGUUGUUGCAAGUGAUGGAGUUUUCGAGUUCCUCUCAAGCCAAACUGUUGUGGACAUGGCAGCAAGAUAUACAGAUCCCCGAGAUGCUUGUGCCGCCAUUGCUGGGGAGUCGUACAAAAUAUGGCUGGAACAUGAAAACAGGACAGAUGAUAUUACGAUCAUUAUUGUUCACAUCAAGGGAUUGUCUAAUUCAGGUGCUGGUAGUACAGAUGGAACCACUAGGGCAAAUAGGAAUCUCACAAGUUCAAGGACAGGAAGAGGAUCUUCUGACAGCUCCACAACCUCUGGAUCAGAAAUUUACCGUUCAAUAAGAAGCGAAUUCACAGAUCUGCAACUUUCCAUGAAUCGAAGCCCAGCUAUUGUUGUUCCAUCUCCAUCGAUCCAGAAGCCCUUGGAACUGGAUGGGGGGAAGCUCAACGCCUCAACCUUAUGCAACUUUGAUUUCUGGACGUCAGUUGUAAUCUUGCAUCUUUCUGAUAUCUCUGUGAACAGUAGUUCCUGCAAUGAUAUUAGGGACAAAGGUUGGAAGUCCCAAGCUAUUCACAUGCCAUUUACCUUUUUGGAGAAAGAUGGAUUGAUGAAGUUGGCAUGCCAUUUCGAGAGCUUGAGUUAG